CUUGGAAAUCUGAGAAGCAACAAGAAGCAGCUUGGGGGAAGCUCUCCGCUGCGACGGCGAGGCCAAGGAAACUUUCUUCUUGCAGAGCAUGGGGGUCUCCGCUGGGCUCCGGCAGCCGCCCGUCGCCGCGGCGGCGGCGUCGCUCAGAGGCCGUCGAUCCGUGCGGCCGCCGCGGCGCGCGGCUUCCCCUUCGACGCGGUCCGUGUCCCGCGCGGUUAAGGUUAGAGCAAGUGCAAUCAAUGGCCUGCAAAGAAGUAAGAGUAACCUCGAAUCCUUAUUCUGCUAUGACAAAUCUGUUCCGGAGGAGGAUAUUGGUAAACCUACUGGUUUAAAUGUGGAAAAGAAGAACGUUGGGGACAAUCCUCCCUGCACAAGCUGUGAAGCUAAAGGUGCCGUGCUGUGUGCAACCUGUGCUGGUUCAGGCUUGUAUGUCGACUCGAUACUGGAGAGCCAAGGAAUCAUCGUAAAAGUCAGAUGUCUAGGUUGCGGAGGAACUGGAAACAUUAUGUGCUCAAAAUGCGGAGGCCGCGGCCACACAUGAACUCCACUAGCAUCCUUGUCAAGUGACAUACGUUGGGAUUUCUGUUCGUGGUGACAGUAUAGAGUUCUUCCCAUACGACUUUAUGUGUGCUACUUUAUGUCAAGGUAGCUGCUUUUUAUAUGGAGGCAUGCCUCCGACGCUGCUGAACCAAUCCUCUUUUUUCAUUUCAUUUUUGAAAUCUCGAUGUGAUGGUGUGUCGUAAGGGUGUAAUGGAUUACUGUGAGGUAUUAAAUUACUCCAAAGAACUGCUUGACGAUGUCGAUCAAUAGGAAUUUUUGCGGGAUCAGGUGGGCCAAGGCAGAGUUCCAAUGAAUAGAAGGGGAUGUAACUGAAUUUGUC